AUGGAGCACCCGGCCGAGGAGAGGAGAUCGCACCGAUGGGCCGAGGAGAAGCAGGUGCUGCUCGAGGAGCUCAGCGCGGAGAAGGAGGCCCACGGGUUCGCCAUGCUGCGCCUGGCCAACGCCGAGCGGGAGGCUUCGGCCGGCCGCGAGGAGCUCGAGCGGCUCCACCAGCAGUGCGACUCGCUCGAGGAGCGCGCCCGCCAGGCUAACCUCGCCCUCCAGCGCACCCAGCUCCUCCUCCUCGCCGCCCAGAAGUCGUCUUCUUCCUCUUCGUCUUCGUAUGCCGACCUGACGCAGUCGCCCCAGUCGCCGUCCCUGUCGACGUCGACGUCGACGGCGGACGUGGAGGCCCAGGCCGGUGAGGUGGCGCGCCUGCGGGCGGCGGUGGCGGCGCUCGAGGGCGAGGUGGCGCGUCUGCAGGGCGAGCUCGACGAGGAGCGCGUCACGGCCGACCUCGUCAACCACGCCAACGAAGACCUCCACCGGCAGCUGCGUCUGCUCCACCACCCCUCGCCCACGUCCUCCUCCACGCACCACACCUACCACCACCACCACCACAGCGACGACGACGACGACGACGACGACGACGACCUCGAGGCCACACGCCGCCAUCAGCAGGCAGAGGCGGCGGCGGGGCGUGAGGCAGACGAGCUGCGGGCGGAGGUGGAGGACCUGCGCCGGCGCCUGGCCCAGGCCGAAGCGGAGGCGGCGGCGCAGGCCGGCGAGGCACGCGCAGCACGCGAGGAGGCGGCCCGCACCGCGUUCGCCCUCGACAGCGCCCAGCGCGACGCACAGACCGCCCGCCACGAGGCCGCGCAGGCCGCGCACCGCCUCGUGGAGCAGCAGCAGCGGCUUCAACAAGAACAAGAACGAGAACAGCAGCAGCAGGGGCGGCGGCAUGAAGAAGCACAGAGCGAGAAGCGGGAGGUGGAGCAGGGCGGCGGCGGCGAGGCCAGCAGGGAGGAGGAGGAGGAGGAAGCGAUGCGGGCGGCGGCGGCGGCGAGGGAGGAGGCGGAGGCGCAGGUGCGGGAUCUGAAGAAGGCGGCGAUGCGGCUGGAGACGAAGCUGCGGCGCACGGAGAAGCAGCUGGAGGCCUUCCGCACCACGGCCUCCGCUGACGCCAAGGCCCACCAGCAGACCAUUGCCGCCCUCCAGGCCAAGGCCCUCGCCCUCACCCAGCACAACCAGCAGCUCCUCCGCGAACACGAACACGCCCUGGCCCAGGCCCAGCAAGCCUCCGCGGAAACACCACGCGAGCCUGAUGCCGCUGCUGCCGACGCCGCCGCGGCCCUCGAUGCCCUUCGCACGGAGCUGGAGCAGGCCCAGCGCACUGCCAAGCAGCUCCGCGCGGAGGCGGACACGCAGGCAGCGGCGGUGGAGCAACUGGAGCGGGAGCUGAGCCGCGAGCGGGCGGCGCGGGAGGAGCGCGAGCAGCAGACGGAGCGCGAGGUGCUCAUGGCCCAGCAGGCGCGGCAGGCCGCCGAGGAGGAACUGGCCCGCGCCCAUUCGCGCCUGCUCGCCGAGCAGCAGCUGGCUCGCGACGUCGACCAAGAGCACGCACGCGCCCUCGACGACCUCCAGGCGGCCCUGCACGAGAAAGUAGCCCUCCUGGUCACCGCCCAGCAGCUGGCGCGCGACGCUGACGAAGAGCACGCACGCACCCUCAACGACCUACAGGCGGCCCUCCACGAGAAGGACGCCCUCCUGGUCGCCGCCCAGCAGCUGGCGCGCGACACCGAUCAAGAGCACGCACGCGCCCUCGACGCCCUCCAGGCGGCCCUGCACGAAAAGGACGCCCAGCAGCAGCAGCAGCCGGCGCACCACCACCACCACCACCACCACGAGGAGGAGGAGGAGGACCACAGUAGCGGUGCCGCCACGGAGGAGGAGGCCACCAUCACCACCAUCACCGGUGAAAAGGAGGCGCGCGAGCCCGAGCGGGAGGGAGGAGCCGCCAGCGGCAACGACCUCCACGCCGGCGAUGAACACGACGACGACGACGGGAAGCUGCAGCAGCAGCAAGAAGAAGAGAUAGUGCGCCUGCGGGACCUACUCGCAACGCGAGAGGCGCGCAUCGUAGAACUCGAAGCCGCCAUGGCCCAAUCCCACCAGGAGGAGGAGGAGGAGGCGGCGGCGGCGGCGGAGCGGAAGCAGCAGGAGGAGGAGGAGGCGGGGGAGGAGCAGGCGCACGUCGCGGAGGAGGAGAAGGAGGAGCCGCUCGAGCCACUUCGCCACGACCUCGAACUCGCCACCACGCAAGCUGCCCAGUGGCGCGAGUCUUGCGCGGCCCUGGAGGCGCAGUUGGCGGCGGCGGCUGCGCGGGUGGAGAGCCUGGAGCGCGAGCAGGAGGCGGCCCGAGGUGCCCAGCUGGCACGCGAGGAGGAGACCGCCCAGCGGCUCGCCCUCGCCGAGAGCGGCCGCGCCGACGCUCUCCACUCCCUCGCACAGGCCGAGGCCCAGCUCGCCGCCGCUGCCCACGUCGUCCGCGAGGUGAACGCACAGGCAAGCGAAGACGGCGGCGGCGAGGCAAACGAAGAGGCCAACGCCGACAACGUCGCAACGGUCCAGUCCGAGCCAGAGCAUCACCAAGAGGAGCCCGUAGAAGGAGAAGAGGAAAAGGAAAAGGAAAUACAAGAGGACCAGGAAGAAAAGAAGGAAGGAGAGCAGCUGGCGGAAGGCGGCGGCGAGUCCGAUGCGCUGGCGGCGGAAGCGAUCGAGGAGCUGCGUCGCCGGUGCGAGGAGAGUGAACGCGAGGCGGAGGCGCGGAGCCAGCGAGCGGGCGAGCUGGAGGCCGUAGUCCAGGAGCAGGGCGAUCGGCUGCGUGAGCUCGACCAGCAGCUGCGCGACGCCCAGGCCUUUGAGCAGCGCUACCACGACGCCCAGCAGCUCGCCGCCCAACUCCAGCGCCAGGCCGACGAGGCCCGCGCCCAGUACGAGGCACGCCUCGCCGACCUCGACCUGCAGCUGGCCGACCUGCAGCAGCGCUCCGCCGAGGCCGAGGGCCGCGCCGACCAGCUGGCGGCCGAGCACGAGCAGCGCGAGCAGCUCCUCGCCGAGCGGGAGCAGCUGCGGCAGGCCCUCGAGGCCCAGACCGCCCAGCAGGCCAGCGCCGAGCGGGAGCGCGCCGAGCACCAGGCGGCGCUCGCCGAGGCCGAGGCGCGAGCGCACGGCGGCCGCCGAGCGCGCCACGGCCUCCGGCAGGCCCAUGCCGACGCCGCGCGGGCCGAGGCCGAGGCGGCGCGACGGGCCAAGAAGGAGGCCGGGCGGGUGCGUCAGGAGGCGGUCGAGGAGGAGGCCGUGCGGCUGCGGGAGGCCGUGCGGGAGCUGACGGAGGAGCGGGACAAGGCGCAGGAGCGGGCGCGCAAGUCGGCGGCGGCUGCGGCGAGCCCGAGCAAGGCCAGCAGCCAAUGGCAGAAGAAGGCCGGCGAGCUGAAGAAGCAGCUCGAGGAGGCCCAGCGCGAGAGGGCGCAGGAGGCGGCCAAGCUCAAGGAGGCGGCCGAGGCCAGCCGCAAGAAGGCCCAGCGCGAGGCCAAGGAGAAGGCGGCCCUGCGCAAGGCCCACGACGAGCUGGCCCGGCAGCUGGCCGAGGCCGCCGACGGGUCCCAGCGCGCGCGCGCCCUCCAGGAGGAGCUCGACGCCCUCCACAAGCAGGGCGCCGCACGCGACCGCAAGUACGCCCACGCGCGGCAGAAGCGCGACGAGCUGCAGGCCGCCCUCGCCCAGAGCCAGCAGGACCUCCUCCUCCUCGAGCAGCAGCUCGACGCCCUCCGCCUCGACGCCCAGCAGCAGCUCGCCGCCCUCACCAAGCAGCACCAGGCACACGCCAAGGAUCUCAGCCAGGUCAUUUCGGAGCUGCGGGCGCAGGCGCAGAGCAACGACGCCGCCUACCAGGCCCUCAAGUCCGAGUUCGCGCACGCCACGCGCUGCGCCGGCGAAGAGAAGGCGCGGCUGGAGGAGGAGCUCGACGCCCUGCGCGCCCAGCCCACUGCUACGCGCGCCGGCGCCGAUGAUGAGGAGGAGGAGGGAGUGCGGCAGCAGCCGCUGGGGGAGGUGCUGGCGCAGCUGCAGGACCUGAAGGCGCUCAAUCACGAGGUGCUGGACCUGCUGGAGCACGAGAAGGAGCAGCACCGGGCCGCCCUCGGCGAGCUGCAGGUGGUGCGGGAGCAGCUGGCGGCCGAGAAGGGCUCCCACGCCUUCACCCUCGAGCAGCUCGCCGACGCGCGCAAGAGCCUCGAGCUGGCCCACCAGCUCGCCGAGGGGCUCCGGGCCGACCUCGCCCACGCCCAGCAGCAGCUCGCCGACACGCUCACCCUCCAGAACGAGAAGAUCGAGGACCUCCACACCACCCUCGCCGCCCUGCGCACGCAGCGGGACGACCUCCAGCGCCAGCUCCGCGAACACCAGACCGAGAACGGCCGCCUCGCGCGCGAGCAACGCGACAGCGAGGCCAGCAUCGCCGCCCUCACCAAACACAUCCGCGAGCUCAAGUCCGCGCCGCUCGCCGCCAAUGGUGGUUCUGCCGGUGCUGCCGGUGCGCUCGAGGCCGCCCUGGCCCGGGAGCGCGAAGAGCACGCCGCCACCCGCAAGCUCCUCGCCGACCACAAGAAGAACGCCCACGACAUGCGCGUGGAGUUUUUGCGUGGGCAUGUGGCGGACCUGGAGCAGCUGCACGAGGCGCAGGAGGUCAUCCGGCUGUUCCUGGAGGCGCAGAAGCACCACCUGGCGUCCUCGCCCUACGCCGCCGAUGCCACCUACCCGGAGGAUUCCGCGGCUGCCGCGGCGCUCGCGGAAUGGGAGGAGCGGUUGCCCCAGCAAUCUGGGGCGUCCCUCAGAGACAAAGCGCUGCGCACCUACUGCGACGCCGUGCUCGCCUUCAUCCGUCGCCCCACCUCGGCGAUCACGCAACGCGAGUUGGACGAGUACGUGAGUGUCCUGGCCGCCACCCUCGAACAAGGCGAAUCGCGAGAACGGCUGAAGAAGAUCCACGCCAACACGCUGCUCCUCAAGCGCAUCAUCGCGGCCUACUACAAGGAGUUUGUCCAGCUCCCUCUUCUCCGCUAG